AAAAACCCCGUAGCCACCCUCCAACUCUGCGUGGGACGCCGUUGCCUGAUCUUUCAACUCCUUUACGCCCCUUACAUCCCACAAUCUCUCGUAAACUUUUUAAGAAACCCUAACUAUACGUUCACUGUUGUCGGGAUUAAGAGUGAUGUUGGGAAGCUGGUUGAGGAUUAUAACCUUGUGGUUGCCAGGAUUGCGGAGUUAACAACGUUGGCGGCGAAUGCGUACGGUGUGAGAAAGUUUAAGUAUGCAGGGCUUAAGAGUUUGACUGAAGAGGUACUUGGAAAAGAGGUUUUGAAGCCCAAGAGAAUAACCAUGAGCCGAUGGGAUAAUCAGUGGUUAACUCGGCCACAGGUGGCGUAUGCAUGCAUUGAUGCGUUUUUGAGUUUUGAGAUUGGUAGGGUUUUGAUCUCUGGGAAUUAUUAGUAUUAUAACUGA